CGAUGUUUAAAUGUUGGAAUGGUGUCUUUGCACGACCUAAAGGGAGUGAUAGUCACUCUCAGUGACCGUGGCCACUUGCAGUGCUCCUAUCUGGGGACAGACCCCUCCCUGUUCCGGGCGCCGAAAGUUGAAUCCAGAGAACUGAACUACGAAGAACUUGAUGCAGAAUUGGAAGAACUUCAGAAAAUCAUCAGAGAUGUUAAAGCCCAAGCUGUGGUGAUUGCAGCCGGGGCCUCCUCCAUGCUAGGAAAGUGCUGUACCCUGAACUCCAUCACUAGCUCCUGCUGAUGGUGCUUUGAUUACCAUUAACUC